AUGGCGCCUGAUAAGAAGGCACCCGACCAGCCUGAUCCGUCUCGAGGGUCGGGCACCCCAGCCAGCGAAAACCCUUCCGUUGCAUCUGUACCGACCAUGCGGUCCUCGUCUUCCUUUCGAAGAGGCUAUGGCACCCUCGAUGCGCAAGCUGUCGACCCAGCUGUCACUGACGCUCGCAGCGAAGAAAACGCUCAGGACGAUCAGGGACUUCGCCCAUACGCCUCAUCGACGAUGCCUGAUCGGUCUCGAAAGCCAUCUGUUACUCGUCGCAUGUCUUCCAAACGAUUCGUGCCCCACAAGGGUCAAGGGUUCUCGGUUGACGACGAUGCGAAGGAAGUUGAGGAAGACUUUGCCCAACACAAAGCAACGGCUACUCAGCAACCAUCCCCCCGAAUUCGGCCUGCGCGUGCGGGGAGCUCUACCCUACGCCGUCGCGUGGGAGCUCGACCGAGCGCGCUAAUCCGAGCCGAGUCGGAUAGUCUGAACCUGGAGGAGGAUACUCUCCCCGAGCCUGAGAUGGACGUUGCAGGCAAUGCCCCAUCAGUUCACCAGUCAGACGAGGGAAGUGACGCCCCCAGUGGAGACGAGAUUGCGGGGUCCGACGAGGACGACGAAGAGACAUCCAGUGAUGCCGAGAGCUUUACGCUGAAAGACCGCCAGCAGGCGAUCAACGAAACCCACCCGUUCGGUAUCAGGAUCUGGAAACCAGCACUGUACAAGAAGAGUCGGUCGGUCGAGAAGACUGCCGAGGGCGAUAUCCAUUCCUCGCCGGGAGGCCGGGUCAGCCCGGUGCUCUUUGCGACCAACCUCUUGUGGUCGGUACUCUUUGGUUGGUGGCUGGCGUUGGCUGCUCUAUUAGCGGCCUUUGCGUGCUUUUUGUGUGCCUUCUCUCCGAGUGCUGUGGAGUAUGGUAGGGUCUUUGCAGGAUUGUCACGGUACCUCUUAUAUCCCUUCGGCUCCUUUGUGCUCCUCCGGUCCGAUGACAACUACGCGGAGGAGGACGAGGGCGAAGGUCGCAGCAUCAGUGAAUACGAGCAAUGGCAGAAUGGUGAUCUUGAGCAUGGUCGUCUGUUCUUCGGCCCUCGUCGCGAUCGAUCCUUGGUUGGCCGACGUCGCAACAGUGUUGACUCGGCGGGAGAGCAGGAUAGUCUCCUUGGCCGGACCCAGCGUGGACAGUCGGAGGAUUCCCAAUUCAAUCCCUCCAAACGCCGGCUCUUUGGUCGGGGUGAGUGGAGUCUUGGUCGGGUUGUAUUCUUUGUCUUCUUCUAUUUCUGGAUGGGACCUUUGAUCCUCAUGGUUUCGCUGAUCUGUUGGUUACUUGUGUUCUGGAUUCCUAUGGGUCGAGUAACCCUGAUCCUAGCCAGUCACUUGCGCCGUCACCCUCUUGCUCUGUCAUUUCACUCGGACAACUCCUACUCCAAAAUCACCCCCGGGUCUUCAUCAACGUCCAUCUUGCUUUGCACAUACCGCGCAGUCGGCACAAGGUAUUGGAAGUACACCAUUGACGGUACUAACAUCUUCUUCAUCAAUCUGCUGGCUCUUGUGUUCUUCGUCAUCUUCGAUUUCUACGUGCUCGGAGGCGUCUUGUCCAUUGAAUCGUGGAUCACACAUCCGGCACUGGUGUUCACUCUUUCCCUGAUUUCGAUCAUUCCUCUUGCCUACUUCAUUGGCCAGGCUGUGGCCUCCAUCUCCGCCCAAUCAUCAAUGGGACUAGGUGCAGCAAUCAAUGCCUUUUUCUCCACUGUGGUUGAGGUUUACCUCUACUGUGUCGCCCUGACUGAGGGCAAGUCUCAGCUCGUGGAGGGAAGUAUCAUUGGAAGUCUUUUCGCGGGUAUUUUGUUCUUGCCCGGACUCUCGAUGUGUUGCGGUGCCAUCAAGCGUAAGACGCAGCGAUUCAACGUCAAGUCGGCCGGUGUUACCUCGACCAUGCUAUUAUUCGCCGUCAUUGCGUCUUUUGGCCCGACACUGUUCUAUCAGGUCUAUGGAAGUCACGAGCUAAACUGUCACUCUUGUGCCCAUGGACUGGACCCUAAGAGCAGAGACUGUCGCCGAUGCUACUUUUCUCAAACCCCGGCGGUUGAUGAUGCCUUUUUCAAGAAAGCCGUGCAGCCCUAUGCAUGGAUCUGCGCUGUAUUCUUGUUUCUUUCGUACAUCAUCGGUCUCUGGUUUACACUUCGGACCCACGCUGCUUUGAUCUGGGCAACGGAAGUAGAAGAGAAGGAGAAGAAAGCCACGCAUCAUAUCUCCGAUUCCUACACUUUGGAACCCAGACAUGUGCUCGCUCAGGGAGGCCCUGAGGCCUCCGGCGCUGUGCACGGUCAAAAAGACUCCAUCCGCGAGUCUCAGCUAUACAAGCGUAUUUUGGGACAGUCGCUCCGACAAGUUGGCCUUGAGGAUACCAGCGGCGCUUGCUUUGAUCAAGGUGAAGGUGGGUCAUCGGACAGGAAGUCCGGAACGCCCUACCUGGUCCCUCCUCGAUCCGGUGGCGGCGAUGGAGAUGGUCAAUCUGCGCCCAAGCCUCUUCACAGUCUUUCCGGGGAAGAAAAUGAGCGUCUCGUACGCCAAGUCACAGAAGUUGCAGCGACCGCCGCUGCAGUCGCAGCCCGUGACGUGGCUCGGGGCCGCAAGAACUCGGCUCAACAGGUUCCUGGAUCAAGACAGCCUGGCCGUGCUUCUGCGGAUCAGGUCAAACCGCAAGGUCCAGGUGAGGAGCACGAGGAUCUCGGGAUUAGCGCGGAGCCUGCACACAGUGGUGGUGGCCACGAUGCCCCUAAUUGGAGCAAGGCCAAGAGUUCGAUCAUCCUCCUCAGCGCUACCGUUGCAUAUGCGAUCAUCGCAGAGAUAUUGGUGAACACAGUGGAUGUGGUUCUGGAGAGUGUUGACGUGGACGAAAAGUUCCUUGGUGUGACGCUGUUUGCUCUCGUUCCUAACACGACUGAAUUCUUGAAUGCCAUCUCAUUCGCCAUGAACGGUAACAUUGCAUUGUCGAUGGAGAUCGGAUCAGCCUACGCACUCCAAGUCUGUCUGUUGCAGGUCCCCGCGGUUGUUCUCUUCAGUGCAUUCUACACCCGCUCAAUUGACCCACUUGAGCUGGCGAGCCACUCUUUUAACCUGAUCUUCCCCCAAUGGGACAUGAUCACCGUGAUUCUAUGUGUUUUCUUGCUUUCUUACGUCUACGGCGAAGGCAAAAGUAAUUACUUCAAAGGAUCUGUCCUUCUGUUAACAUACGUGGUCGUUGUCAUUGGCUUCUACCUGUCCGGAUACAGCAACAUGGAUACGAUUGGAGUCGAUCGCUUCGACACCCUCGCCAUUGGCCUGAAUCGACCUGAAACAUUCUAUACGGUUGGUCACUCGACUUCUGGUCGGGCCUUCUAG